CACACGUCAACAGAGGCGCGCGGAAAGAGGGCGUGUCCUGAAGCGAGUCCCAGCUUGUCAUUGGUUGUCAUAUGAUUGACGUGCUGACGUGGGCGUGAGCGGAAGUUUGUAAUGAAUCGCUGUUGUGUUUGAGUCCCAGACCAUGAACUACGUGGGUCAGCUGGCCGAGACGGUGUAUGUGACCGUGAAGGAGCUGUAUCGCGGUCUGAACCCGGCCACGCUCACCGGCGGCAUCGACGUCAUCGUGGUUCGUCAGCCUGAUGGCAGCUACCAGUGCUCACCGUUUCACGUCCGCUUCGGGAAACUCGGAGUGCUGCGCUCCAAAGAGAAAGUGGUGGAUAUUGAGGUCAAUGGAGAGCCGGUGAGCCUGCAUAUGAAGCUGGGAGAUAACGGAGAGGCGUUCUUCGUGAAGGAGAACGAGGAUUUUGAGACGCGGGUUCCCGCUCACCUCUGCACCUCUCCGAUCCCCACCGAUGUCCCAGACGUGUCCGAGAUGCACGAGUCUCCCUCCAGCAUCACGUCCUCCUCCAGCCGCCGCAAAAAGCGCCGCAGGAAGCGAGCGCGUUCAGACACGCAUCUGCGAGAGGAGGCCAGUUCCUCCUCAGACGAGAAAGAAAGCCUAGAUCAAGAUUUCCUAAAGGAAGAGUCACCUUUGGCUGCAAGUAAGUCUGUGUACUACUCGCUGACAGAGGAACCCUACGAGGAACCGUCUGGAGCUCAGAGCAGAGACGUUCAUCCUCACUCUGACGGAGAGUGUUCUGUUAAUGAGAGUGUGUUCUUCAAGCCGUCCCUCCUCUCCUAAGAGUGAUUCAGAGUUGUGUAAGCCGCAGGAGUCUCUAGGGCCUCAGAUGCAGUGGAACUGGGGCGC